CUCUGACCUACUGACCACCCCCUUCUAACCCACCCCAGGUACCAUUGGCUUCCUGGCCACAAGGGCCCAGUGCUGGCUCAUGGUCACCCUGCUGUCCCCAGGACCCCCAGGUCCCUUUCCCCUACACUGCUCUCCAACAGCUCGUUCCCCAACUUACACUGGAACCUGGGGUUGUUCCUGCCCAGAUUCAAGACUCUACACUUGCCCUUGUUCUAUUUCAUUACAUUUUCCCCGCCCAGCUCUCCAGCCUGUCCAGGUCUCUGAUGGCAGCACAGCUUCCAGUGUCACCACUCCUCCCAGCUUGGUGUCACCAGCAAACUUGCUGACAGUCACUCUAUUCCCUCAUCCAAGUCACUGAUGAAUAUAUUGAAUAACAGCGGCCCCAGCACUGCCCCUGAGGCACUGCACUAGAUCCAGGCCUCAACUGGACUCUGCCCAUUGACCACGACUCUCUGGCUUCUUCCCUUCAGCCAGUUCACAGUCACCUCACCACCCGCUCAUCCAGACCCACUCCCUCAGUUCAGUGGAUCCAGCCCACAGGCUGCUCAGUCCCAGCAAAGGAUCGUCCCCGGGGGAUCCCCGAUGGCCCCGGUUAAAAUCAGCUACGUCGUGUCCUUCUCCUCGCAGGACCCCAAGUUCCCGGUGGAGAAUUUGCUGCGGGAGGACGAGCCCCGGCCCUGGCUCUGCUGCCCCCGCGACCGCAGCCAGCGGCUGCACGUGGAGCUGCAGCUGGAGCGGGCGAGUCCCAUCGGCUACGUGGACAUCGGGAACUGCGGCUGCGCCUUCCUGCAGAUCGAGGUGGGACGUUCCUCGUGGCCGUGUGACCGGCCCUUCCUCACCCUCCUGCCCAGCGUCGUGCUGAUGACGCCGGCCCAGUCCAAACUGGGCCAGAACCGCUGCGGGGUCCGGAUGUUCAAGGAAGCGGAUUUCCUGGCGCCGGCGCUGGGUCAGAAGUGGGACCGGCUGCGACUCAUCGGCAGCCAACCCUUCAGCAAGCACGGCCGGUUUGGGCUCUCCUUUAUCCGUGUGCGCACACCGCUGGACCCCCCGCAUCCCCCACCGCCCCCCCAGCACCCGCCACCCCCGGAAGACACUGACCCUGUGGACACUCCCUGGCGCUCCAGCCCUGCUUUUCGUCGGACUUUCGAUCCAGAACCGCACUCGAGCUGCGGGGAGGAGCAGCAGCUGAGGAGCCGCCUGCAGCAGCUGGAGCCAGCCGCCCGGAGCCCCGUGUGCCUCAGCCGCCCGGCGCAGAUGGUGCUGUCGGCGGCGCGGAGCCGGGCACGGAGACCCAGAAACAGCACAGGAGCGCCGGGGGGACACCGGGAGCUGCCGGCUGGGGACCUGGGAGGCCCCGCGGUGCCAGGGUCCGUGCAGGAUGACGUCCCCGCAGCCCCGAGAGCCCACGGGCAGCCGGAGCACAGGCAGCGAGCGCACGAACCAGCAAGCAGGUCUCCGCUCGCCGGUUCCACAUCAGGAGGAAAAGCCAGAACCUGCAGCCCCCGAGAGAGACGGGCUGGGUGGGGUGACAGGGGAGGGGACAGCGGUCCCGGGGACACGGGCAUCUGCCCCCUCUGCUCAGGUCACUUCAGCCUGGAGCUGCUGCCCACACACGCUGCCGGCUGCGGGGAGGAAGAGCCUGAGGUGGCCCAGCCUUCGUCCCCACCAGGGGGGUCCUGGGUGUCCUGUCCCCUCUGCCAGCUGCUCUUUGCCGCAGCCGAGGUGGAGCAACAUGCCAGCACCUGCGGGGAGGGGACACCGGGGACCUACUGGCUGGGGUAGGACUGUGGGGACAGCAGAGGGGACAGGGACGCAAGGGAGCCCGUGCUACUGGCUGGGGUAGGGCUGAGGGGACAAACCCCCAUCACAGGACACUGAAACCACAGGUGUCGGUGACACCGGAGCGGAGCCUUGGCUGUGCUGGCAGAGGGACGGUGGCCCCGGUAAAGCCGUGACAAGGCUGAUGUGGGGACAGAGGAGCCAGUGCUGUCCCCAGGGCUGUGACACUGGGAGUUGCCGUUGAAGACAAAUAAAGGAGAAAAGUAGGAAAA